UCUUCCAUCACAAUGCCUACUAAAGAAAUAGGUGAUAAUCAAACAAACGAAGAAAUGAAAGAGAUUAAAGAAUUACUUAAAGUACUCAUUCAAUGUCAGGCUAAACAAGCAGAAACUCGAGCGAAUAUUCAAAAUCAAAUUCUAGAGGUAUUACGAAGCAUUGACAUUGCGAGCAAUAAACAAAAAGAAGCACCUACAGUCAAAAAUGUUAGUGAUGAUUCCAAAGACAUCACAAAGGAAUCUGAUGGUGAUGGAGAAGAAAAUCAGCCAUCAAACAUCGAAGAUGGAGUAGUUCGCAAAGCGAAAUAUGACCCGGAUAGAAAUGACUUAUUGCAUGAUGGUGACAGCAAAAAGACGAUCCAGUUUCUUAAAAACAAUCCUGAAGCUGUUAAACAAGGAGUAACACGUUGGUCACAUACAGUAUUACAUGUAGCUAUAUUUGAUAAGAGAGGGAUGAAGCUUAUUGAGGAGAUUGUAAAUCUCAUGUCACCAGAAUUGCUCGAAUAUGAAGCUGGGGUAUAUGAUUUCACAGCACUUCAUUACGCUGCUCAGUAUGGAAAUUUCGAAGCUAUUGUAUUAUUGGUAAAUAAGAAUCCAACGUUGCCUCUGCUACGUGAUAACAGAGGAUUUACACCACUGGAUAUAGCUCUUCAAAAUGUUUCAAUUUACCAGAAGGAGGUAGUUGAAUAUCUUUACUCUGUAACUAAAGACGUGGUAAACCCAAGUCCAUUCUCGGGAGAGGAUGGUGCAUCUACUUUAUGCGAAUUAAUUGAGGCCAAUUUCUACGAUAUAGCACUGUGCCUUGUCCUGAAGUUUCCAGAACUGGCAAUGACAAAAUCAAAUAGAUUUGAUAUGUGCGGAUUGGAAGUGAUGGUUCGAAGACCCUUUGCAUUUCAAAGUGGCACUAACCUUACGUGGUGGCAGAACCUCAUCUAUCCGUUAAUUCAAGUGGAUAUGAAAACUACAUGUAUCCAAUCAAUGGAACCAGCCGAAUGCACCAUUAGAGACGAAGAGAACCCUGCCCCAAAAAACUUAGAUUCCAACAAAAUACAAGAAAGCUCAAAAGUCCCCUCAUCAACUACUUAUAAAGGACUCGUGAUGCCUUAUCUAACGCGCGCGAUUGGCAUCGAACAUCUAUAUAAACAAAAGAUGGUGCACCAACAAGCAAAGGCACUGAUUAAACAAAUGAUAGCAGAGAUCUGUAAGUCAACUACAAUAUUGAGGUUUUUGAGGGAUAAUCCAAACAUCAUGAAGAUAGCUAUAAAGCAUGGGAUCGUAGAGUUUGUAGCGGAAUGUCUCAAGAAGAAGAAGACUCUAUAUUUUCAUAGGAUACCGGUAGAAACCAUGAUAGAAAUGGCUAUUACAGAACGGAAAGAAAUGAUAGUGAAUUUCAUAUGUAAAACCGCUGACAGACAUGGAGACAAGAUUGAUCUAGUUUCCAGAAGAGAUGGAGACAACAAUACUAUUUUGCAUUACGCUUCCAAGCUAGCGCCUUUAGCUCAACUCAGUCUAGUCUCAGGUGCAGCGCUCCAAAUGCAACGAGAAAUGCAAUGGUAUAAGGGGAUAGAAAGUAUAGCACGGGAAAGUGAUCGGUACACGAGAAAUAAAAAAGGAGAUACAGCUCAAUUCAUAUUUACCGAGGCACACAAGGAGUUGGUGAAGGAAGGCCAAGAUUGGUUAAAAGAUACGUCUGGUUCGUGCAUGAUAGUUGGCGCCUUAAUUGCAACUGUAGCAUUUGCUGCUGCUUUUACCGUUCCAGGAGGUAACAUCAGUGAUAGUAACAACGCUUUGAACGGCACCCCAAUAUUUUUAGGAAAGUCUUCAUUUACUGUGUUUGCGGUGUCAGACGCCAUAGCUCUGUUCUCUUCGAUCACAUCGGUGCUCAUGUUCUUAGCAAUAUAUACUUCGAGAUAUGCAGAGAUUGAUUUCCUAAAGUCUCUACCACAGAAGUUAAUAUUCGGUCUUGCAACUCUCUUUAUAUCUAUGGUGGCUAUAUUGGCAGCUUUUGGUGCAUCACUGCUUAUAGUAGUUGGAAGCAGAUUUGCGCAGGCCUUAAUUCCAAUAACCGUGUUUGGUUGUUGUCCAUUGGCCCUCUUUGCAUGGUUGCAAUUGCCGUUGUUUGUUGAAAUGGUUUGUUCUACGUAUUGGGGUCUCUUUAAGAAACAUAAAUUUAUUGAUCUUUCCUCUAAGAAAAAUGAAAACAAAUCGAGGAAAAACAAAAAGAAAAAUUAACAAUAAAAAGGAGGCCAAGCUAGAGAGGAAGUAAUCCGAUGGUGAUGUAUCACAGUAACUCAUAAUCUCCUGUCCCUUUAAAGUGUGGCAUACGGGUCGUGUCUGCAGUAAUUCUCCCUUCCCUUUAGUACACUGCUACCUCUGAUCAGGUUGACAUAGUCAGACAUGGUAGAAGAAAAAUUCAUUUUGAAGACUUCAAAGUCUGGAUAUGUACUUGCUUGAUAUAAUGGUAACUGUUAGGUCACAAUCAAAUGCUAAUAAUUUACGAUUCAACCGUGAAGAAAUAAAUGAUUGAA